GAGCUUUUCCUGCCAUCUCUAUUUCCUCUUCUUCUCUGUUUAUUACAAUUCCACUCACAAUUAUAAAAUGCUACGAACAAUUCCAGGAAGGACGCUUGGUCGUGCUGCAGUCAGCGCACGACAGGUUCGUAUGAUGAACAGCAGCAGCAUGCUGAAGAAGACUACUUCUGCUCAUGCGACGACGAUGAAGAUCAUGGGCGGAAGCGCACAGCAGGUUGGUCUGAACGUGCUUUCCGGACGACGGAUGUACGCUACUGCUACGGACAAGACUGAAAAGGAGACAGAAGAGAAGAGCGAGGAGAAGAAGACGGAAGGCGGGGAGGAAGAAGAGGUGACUGGCGACGCGAAGAAGAUUGCCGAGCUGGAGACGCAGCUUGCGACGAAAGCGAAGGAGGCAGCCGAGUUGAAGGAUAGACUGCUGCGGCAGGUGGCUGAUUUCCGAAACCUGCAGGAGACGACGAAGCGGGAGGUGCAGAACGCGAAGGAGUUUGCGAUCUCAAAGUUUGCGCGGGACCUGCUGGAUUCGGUUGAUAACCUCGACCGCGCGCUCGCGACCGUGCCCGAGCCGGCCAAGAAUCAGAGCGGAGAGGCGGCGAAGGAGGAGGAGGUUACGGAUAAAGUCCUGAUUUCGCUGUUUGACGGCGUGAAGAUGACGCAGCAGGUGCUGGAGCAGACGUUGAAGCGGCACGGGCUGACCAAGAUCGAUCCGCUCGGUGAGAAGUUUGAUCCGCACAAGCACGAGGCCACGUUCGAGGUCGCGCAGCCGGAUAAGGAGCCGGGGACGGUGUUUUUCGUGCAGCAGGCUGGGUUUAUGUUGAACAACCGGGUCUUGAGAGCUGCCAAGGUCGGCGUCGUUAAGGCUACUUAGGUUAUCUGACCUAAUAUUUCUAUAAUCUUCUUACUCCUCUUUACUCUUAUUGUAAAUAUACAUUAUUAUUACUGUCAUCAUUAUUAUUAUUA